UGGCUGCAGACUUGGCUGUGUUGAAGAUCAGUGAGGCUCACAAUCAUCUUGAAAAAAUUGCUGAGUUUGAAAAAAGAAGCAUAAAUGGUGCUCAGAAACUGAAGAAAAGAAUACAAGCAGAAAUCAAGUUCUUGCAGAGAUAAGCCUGGCAGCCAGAAACACCUGUGCUUGUGGGUCCAAUAUGGUUGUGCUGAGCAGGUUGGUGGAUAAUGUGAUGCAGUCAGGCCUAGGACAGGGCAGACAGACAAAAGCAAAACCAAUGACUGUCCUGUGUGCAACCAGGCAUUUUAACGAUACAACACAGAACAAGGACACAAUACUUCAGUCACUCUGGCAAUCAUCCCACAGACAAGCACAGAAUCUCCCCUCAAUUACAGGCUCAGGCAGUUUCCUCAUGACACAGCAUGGUCUGUACAUGCUAUUUUCUAUGCAUGGUACUGUCUAUGCACAACAUUGUCUAUAUACAGCUCCAGCAGCACAGAAAUCGCACAGCAAUUCACAAGGGCAACAGAGAGCAGUGCACGUUGUCUAUCCAUUCCAGGGUCUGCAGAAUUCAGAAGGCCUGAAAGAGAAAGAUGUCCAGUGUUCAAAUUUGGGACAGCUUGGAGCACUGGCAGAUGUGGCCAUGGAUAUACCUGAUGUGACAGGAAUUUUGCAGUCUUUCAGAAAUGAAGAAAAUGAAAAAAUUAUAAUUGAUAUUGUUGCUGAUAAUGGAAUGAAAUGGAUCAAGGUAAUUAUGCGUAACCCUAAGGCACUUCAUUUACUUUUUGCUCUGGGUCGGCGAGGCAGUGCAAAGCCUCUCAAUGAAGUGGCAGAAGACUUUAAAAUGUAUGCCAAGUUACAUCCAGUCUUCUACUCAUCCCCAAAGGUCAUAUUCUGGUUCUGCAAUGGGGUGAGUGAAGGCCUAGCCAGAAGCAUUGAAGAGAAAGGUGUUGCAGUUGAGGGAAGAAGGAUAGCAGAUGAAGAUCUUGGACUUCCUGACUUUUCCAUAGAGGACUCUGACACUGAGACUGAGGAGUCCAGUAGUGCCUCUUAUUAUUCAGAUGCUUCAGAGGAAGAAGAUAUAGUUGUUACUGACAAGAGCAAAGACCAGAAUACAAAAACUAGUAAUAUCUUUGCUCAAACAGAAAUAAAGUUGGAGAGAGCUAGCAUUUCACUGAACUUAGAUAAUCAUACAAAUACUUUCCCCAUUGAGAAUGCAGACUCAGGUUUCAUUGACCAAAGUGCUCUUAGUUUAAGUGUGUUAAGUUUGCAUGACACUUCUGGCUGUGAAGAACAAUUGGGUCGUAUCAACCUUGAUGUCACAGCCAUGAUAGCAUAUGUGUCAUCAACUGCCAAUGGUGGAGCUAAUUUUGUAUUUCAAGACAAGUUCCUAAAUGAACAGGCAGCUUGUGAAAGAAAAAAUCCUGUUAAGAAUACCCUUGAUGCAUAUUUUAAAGGAAGAGAACUGAUAGCAUGCAAAGAGGCUGUGGAUCGCUUCCAGGAGAUUGUGAGUGUCAUUGGAGGAGAUGGGGAGAAGACAAGAGCCAAGGAGCUUCUAGCCCGGCUAACAGUUGUGCCUGGGCAAGACUUUUUCAAGGACAAAAUGAAAGCAGGUGGCAAGAUUCGUGCGUUGCCUCGGAUGACAUUUGGCACUGGCCAGGCAAUGCGAGCCAUCACUGUCACUUCCAACAUGGGCUUUGUAAGGGCAGCUCAUUGUCAGGGCAUCAACCUGGCAGUGUUCAUCCAUCGGCCACGAGCUCUCACUGAAGCCAAGGAGGCCUUUGCCAUUCCUCUUGAAGGUGUAUGAUGACCUUAAUGUGAUACAGACAUGUAUUUUUGAGGUAUCUAUCCAUCUAUCUGUCUGUAUUCUCAAACUAUCUUACUGUUUAAUUUUUCAUCUGUUCAUCUAUCUGUUUUUUAUGGCAUUUUAUUUUAUUUUAAUUUAUAUUUUAUCUAUUUUCACUACUGAUCUCAUCUUUAAAUAUUUCUACACAGCAGUAACAUUAUCCAUAUAUAUACACAUCAUUAUAUUAUGUAUUAAUAUAUUAUAAAUUCAUUAUGAAAUAAGGACAUCAUAACAUUUAUGUCAUGGAAAAUGACGGUGCUCUCCCAUUCUUCCUUCAUAUCAAGCAUGGCUCAGUGAAGAUCAGUGAACUCAGUUUUAUAUUCAGGCUCUUGGUGCAUUGAAGAGUUGAUGUAGGGAGGGGCAAUUUUAUAUGAAGGUGGAUAGUAUGGCUGCAACCAUAAUCAGUACAUAAAUAAUCCAUCCAUAGGCCAAUACAAGACCCACCUUUAACUUUAAUUAUCCACAUAAGAGAUGGGGGUAAGAUAGUGGGUGAAGGUAGACUAUGUUGGUCAUUAUGAUAAGAGCAAUACAUCUAUUUGGUAAUGUGAAGCCUACCUAGAGCUAUGGAUACUUGCUCUUUGUCAUCAUCUUCCCCUGUCCUCUCAUCCCCCCAUUCAAUAAUUCUACUUGGAACCUGAGUACUCUUACUGGACCUGACUGUGAAACCAUGUUGUCUGGAGCUCAGAUGGAGAGAAGGAAACAGUUUAUGAUAUAUAUACCAGAUUAACAUCCUCACAAAGAAUGCUGAAUUGCUUAUAGUGUAUAUUAAUUAUGUCACUCCCAAACUUUCACAAUACCUAUCAUGUUAUAAAAAAAAUACAUGAAAUAUUAGUAGUAAGGAUGAGACAGUUUGUAUUAAGUGUUUAUUUGUUGAGUUACAAAGGAAAUAAAAAUAUUUUGGCUUGGCCAUGUAAAUAUUAAUGAACUCAAAGCUACUUAGAUGUAUUAAUCAUCAUCUAAUAGGUGAGUUCCAGGGUAUUUUCUCACCAUGCAAUAGAGUUCUUAUAGGGCAGAAGGGAAGUUAAAGGGGAGAAUACGUGUGUGUAUUGUGUGUGUGCGUGUGUGUGUGUGUGUGUGUGUGUGUGUGUGUGUGUGUGUGUGUGUGUGUGUGUAUUUACCUAGUUGUGACAUAUGGGAGAGGAGCUAAGCUUGCAGUGCCCCAUCUCCAUGACUAUUCUUAUUGAACUUUUCCUUAAAAUCAUGAAUAUUCCUUGGACAGACCACAUUUCCCUCCAGUCCAUUCCAUGCUUCUAUGAGAGAACCUAAACUUCUUUACAGCCCUUCUGCAGGUGGUUGCUUUUAGUUUUCUCCCAUGUCAUCUUGUUUCUCUUUCUUUCAACACAAAUAGAUCUUUAUCCAAUUUUCCUAUCCCUCUCAGCAUUCUGCCUAGUGCAGUCACAUCACUUCUCUUUCGUCUCUUUUCCAAGGUUUGGAGUUGCAUCUUACUAGAUAAUCUGUCUUCAUAGGGUAGAUCUCUCAAAUUUGGUAUCAUCUUAGUUGCUUCUCUCUGUUCUCUUUCCAACUUCCUCAUAUGUUUUCUUCAUGUGGUGACUAAACUGCAGUUGCAUGUUCUGGUCUUGGACAUAUCUCAUUAUUUCCUCAUCCAGACAUUCAAAGACCAUUCUUACAUUUCUUAAUAGAUUGAGAGUUUCACCUGCUACCUUAUUGAUAUGUUUCUUUGGUGAUAGUUCCUCCAAAAAUAUCACUCUCAGAUCUUUUUCCUCUGUUUUCUUGUUAAUUGCUUCACUUCCCAUCUUAUAUCUACACCUUCUAUUACUUUCCAAGUUCCAUCUUUUUAGUUGCUAGAGUUAGAUUUCAUUUGUCCUAUAUUGCUCCACUCUCUUUACAGUUUCUUACAAUCUUCAUUGUUUUUCACUUUUCUCAAUGGUUUUACAUAAUCUGUGAAGAGACUUAAAUAGAUGGUUACAUUUUCUACCAUAUAAUUUACAUACACUGCAAACAUUACAGGUGCCAACACUGACCCUUGGAGUACCCACUUGAUAUUAGGCAUCACUCUGAUGUCUGGUCCCUUAUUACCAUUCUCAUCUCUCUAUUCUUUAAGAAAUCCUCCAUCCAUUUUAGCAGUCCUUUGUUUAGACCACCUAUCUUUUCCAAUUUCCAUAUAAGUCUUUUUUGUGGUAUCUUGUCAGAUGCCUUCCCAAAAUCUGGGUAAAUACUGCUUGCCCACCCAUCUCUCUCUUAUAUUAUAUUAAUCACUUUCAAGUCAUAACAAAACAAGUUUGUAAAACAAGAUCUUCCCUUCUUGAAUCCAAAUUGGCAUUUUGUAAGGAUUUCAUUAUCUUCCAAAAAUUUGGUCCAUUUGUUUUUCAUUAGUCUUUCACAUACUUUUGUCACCAUAUUUGACAGUGAGACUGGUCUGUAACUGGAUAUGGGCGCAAUGUUUGCCCUCUUCUAAUCCUUUUGGAACUGUUCCUUCAGUUAUAUGAUGGUAUGUAAUUUAUCCAUAAGCAUACAAUACCCACCCUCUAUUCAAGGAUUACAGUGAAUCAUACUAAUAAUACUGAGUAUAUAUUGCAAUAAAAAUUAUACAGCAACAUAAAAA